CGGUUGUGCGGCUUCUCGGUGUUCGGACGUGCCUGCGUUACGCGUUCCUGGUGACGUCAUUGUGCAUCCGUGUGCACAUUCCAGUGUGUGAAACAUUCUAUUUUCAAACGUGGUCGACUUAUAUUCUGCCAGUAUUUCAUUUUGUUGUAUAAACAAAAAAGUUUAUUCACUCCUGACGGAGUUUUAAUAUUUAUCAUACAUAUAUUCUUUUUGGAAAUGUUCGGAAAGGCAAAACUUUAAUACAUGUCAAGAAGAGGCAAAUCCCCUAAGAAAUUAAAGCGCAACAAUUUGAAAAGUGUAUUUUUCAACUGCCUGUUAUCGAGGACUAGCCGGUCCUUGAUGAACUCCACAAGUAACGAUCCCUGCGCUCUCACUCUUUGUAUUUCUAAAAGCCCCUGUCGCUAUUCAGCUAGAGAUCCCAGAUUAAGAAAUUGGUCCAGAGAAUUAAUCGUCUCAUCGACGUAGAUAAAUUGUUAUUUGAAUUUGGAAUUAAAUCCAAAUUGCAUUCUCUCUCGUUCGAGUAGCUACGACAAGAGACAAGUAGUUAAACUUGACGUACUUAAAUUUUUACUUAACAAGUGCGCUCCUAAACUAAUGGACACGCAAAGAACUCAUGCAAAUGGAAUCCAUGGCAAAGAAAAGCUAAUCAAUCAUGAACAUAAAAUACCGUCUGAAGAGGAGAAGACUUCGUCUCCGCUGCUCGUUAAGACGAACGAUUUUAAGUACAUAGAUUCAUAUAGUGAAGAAAGACAUGACUUGAGCGAGGUUAACAAGUCUGGGAAUGAUCUCAAUACCAUAAAUUCAAUGAAGACGGAAGACGAUGUGCAGUGUAACAGCUUGACUGUGAGUUAUCACAAUGACAAGAAUGAUGAUGACGCCAAGUCGAACAACGAAAGGGUCAAGUUUGUGGGCCUGGAAGAUGCUGAUAGUAUUUGCUCCAGCAAACAACCAGAACCGGGACCUCAAAUACCUGAUGGCGGUUGGGGUUGGGUUGUUGUGGCUGCAUCCUUCCUAAUCGCCACUGUGGCUGAUGGACUGGCGUUCUCAUAUGGAUUGCUUCAAAUUAAAUUUGUCGAUUUCUUUGAGAAAAGUGAAGCGAAGACUUCUUUGAUUGGAAGUCUCUUUAUAUCGGUGCCUUUAAUAGCGGGUCCCAUAAUGAGCGCUUUGGUAGAUCGUUAUGGAUGUAAGAAAAUGACAAUUGUGGGGGGUAUAGCUUCUACUAUAGGUUUUGUUGCGGCAUCGUACAGUAAUACAGUCGAAGCUUUGUACAUUACCUAUGGUAUAGUAGCUGGAUUGGGCAUGGGGCUUUUAUAUGUCACGGCAGUAGUUUCUAUUGCGUACUGGUUUGAGAAGCGUCGUAAUUUGGCUGUUGGACUCGGAUCUUGUGGAGUCGGCUUUGGAACAUUUAUAUACUCUCCCCUGACCACAUAUUUACUGGAUGAAUACGGCUGGAGAGGCGCCUUGUUAUUGCUGGCUGGCACGGUACUUAACGUUUGUGUAUGCGGUACAGUUAUGAGGGAUCCUGAAUGGCUUAUCUUAGAACAAAAGAAGCAGAGAAAACUAAGUAAAUCGAAGAGAGGAUCCAGCUCUACGUCGAUAUCUGCCAAAUCCGGCGGUGCUGAAUCCGUGUAUCCCGGUGCUGAGGAACUGAAAAGCUUAAUUAAUAGUGGGGAAGCACCAGAGCACAUACUCUCUGCCCUGAUAUCAGCUAUUGCCGAGGCUGAAAAUGUAGAGGCAGUGACGAAAAUGAACGCUGAUUUAACGCAACAACAGAAAGUCAGCUCUGUUUUAAAUUUACCAACGUUUUUGAAACAAAGUGAAAGGUUGCCUCCUGAAGUUAUAGAUCAACUUGCGACUAACGAGCGGCUGUACAACAUAAUACUUCAAAAUUAUCCGUCGCUAUUAGCUUUGAGGACUGGCUCAGAUUCCAAACUUACCUCAGAACCGCUUUCAAAGGAGAAGCUUAAAAAGAAACAGAAGAAAGAGUUCGAUAAGAAAUUAGAAAGGGUAAAGGAGAAACUGUUGCAGCCAAUUCCUGAAAACGGUCCAGCGGUGAUAACACCUAAGACCUGGCAUCAGGAUUGGUUUUCCAAGCAAUUCCAAACAGAUCAUCACUAUCUAAAAGGAAUUCGGGUCCAUCGUAACUCCAUUAUGCAUCGCGGAGCAAUGAUGAACAUCGCUAAAUACAAGCUGCGGGCUUCGUCUUGCCCCGAUAUCUAUAAGAAUUCAAUGUGGUCUGUAGAGGAUCAAGAGGAAAAGACCUGGGGCAAGAAGAUUCUGCACGCUAUUAACAAAACAUUCGACUUCAACAUGUUCACGGAGUUCCACUUCCUCAUGAUGAACCUUUCGACCCUGGUGCUGUUUAUAUGGUUUAUUGUGCCAUAUUUCUACAUUUCCACGUUCAUGGAAGCCAACGGCUACAGCGAGACCCAAGGAUCCUUGAUGCUGAGUGUUUUCGGCGUCGCAACCAUAAUUGGCAUCGUCGGACUUGGAUGGUUUGGCGACCUUCCUUGGGUCAACAUAACAAAGACAUACGCGAUGUGUUUAGUAGCUUGCGGUAUAACGAUCGUGCUCUUCCCUAUUCUGAUACGAGUUAUGGACGCGAGGGAGAGCUACAGCUUCUACAUACUGGCGCUGAACUCAUUGUUCUUCGGAUUAACCUUCUCCAGUUCGUAUUCGUAUACGCCGAGUAUUCUGGUGGAAUUGAUAGCGCUGGAGCGUUUCACCAUGGCGUAUGGAUUGGUGCUGUUGAGUCAAGGGAUUGGACAUUUGAUUGGACCACCCAUGGCUGGGGCCUUAAAAGAUAGGACUGGAUACUGGGACGCGGCAUUCUACGUCGCAGGAAUUUGGGUCGUUGUCUCUGGUUUGUUGGUAGGUGUGAUACCAUAUACGAAAAACUUUAGAAUCAUUGGAAAUGCACCGCUGGCUAAAGACGUAGCUGUGGAUCCUGAACCCGGUGUAAAGAUUAUUAUAGCUCAUUAGUAUUAAUUUCUAUAAACAUUUUUUUGUAUUAAGAUUUUAUAUUUUUUAGUUUUAUUAAAGCGAUGACACCUCCCCUCCACAUGUAACAGUAAAACAUUCAAUACCUUGUCACGUUUCUGUUAGCUGUAAAAAUUCUAACCCAACAUUUCUUUUCAACGAUUAUUUAAUCGUGUUUAUUUAUAAUGUCUUGUGUACUUAUUUAUAUUUUAAUACAUUCUUUAAGGUUUUUCAUGUUAUCGAUUUUGGUUUGAGCUCCGUAUUAAACUUUUGUACUAACACGUUUAGUGACAUAGAUGUAAUAACAAUUAAGGACGUUGGGUUAGUGUCGUAUUUAGACUUUACUUUGAUAAAGGUGUACAUAUUUUCAAAGUAAAUUUGGCCCACCUUUAAAUAUUGUUUAUGUUAAAGUAUGACACGUCUAUCCCAUAUUCGAUUGCUUUACUUUUUUUCAUACGCGUGUGUAUCUUUUUGUUAAUUGAAAUAUAGCCAUAAAUAAGUUAUUUUGUAGCAGAAUCAUGUAUCCUUUUAUCAUGAGUAUCAAAGUAUUUCAGAUUGUAAGAGUUUUUGAAUCUACUUAUAAUGUAUUGUAUUUCAUAUUUAAUAAAGUUUGGCAUUUUUAA